UCUUAUGCACACCACUGAGCUUUCCGGUUCCCGACUUCUGGUGGAAACUCACCAUCAGCGCCGCACAUUUCCUACAAAAAUGCAAUAAUCUGAGUAAAUUCAUCAUGGCACAUAGACUGAUCAUCCCAUUUUCCAUCAGUUAAAGUCAUUGUUUUUGAACGUGGAGAUCUGGUAUUUGUGUUCAACUUUCACCCAGAAAAUACGUACGAAGGAAGGGUAUAAAGUUGACAGUGAUGCUUGGGACUUUGGUGGACACAGAAACACAGUCCCCCUUGGUGGCUCAUGAUUCAGACCAUUUCACAAGCCCCGAAGGUGUUCCUGAAACAAAUUUUAACAAUCGUCCCAAUUCCUUCAAAGUUCUCUCUCCGCCUCGUACAUGUGUGGUUUACUAUCGAGUUGAAGAAGAAGAAGUAAAAGAAGUCUCUCAGGGAGGUGAUGAAGAUAGCAACGACAAUGCUAAGGAAUUAGUACCAGGAACGCGCGCCUUGGAAGAUGAAGAUGAUGUAUAGUGCUAGAAACGGGGGCGAUGGGAGAUGGCAACAUAACAGAUUUAGUAAACAUGAAACUUUUGUUUUUUAGUUACUAAAUGUUGGAAUGAAUGCCU